UUGUCUGGUGGGUGCGAGCUGACGGUCGUAAUCCACGACUUCACCGCCUGCAACAGUAAUGAGCUGACAAUCCGCCGUGGGCAGACAGUGGAGGUCCUGGAGAGGCCCCAUGACAAGCCCGACUGGUGUCUGGUUCGAACCACAGAUCGAUCCCCAGCUGCGGAAGGUCUGGUCCCCUGCGGGUCCCUCUGCAUCGCUCACUCUCGCAGCAGUAUGGAGAUGGAGGGGAUUUUUAACCACAAAGACUCCCUCUCGGUCUCCAGCAAUGAUGCCAGUCCUCCUGCUUCCGUAACAUCCCUUCAGCCCCACAUGAUCGGUGCACAGAGCUCCCCGGGCCCCAAGCGCCCUGGCAACACUUUGAGAAAAUGGCUUACCAGUCCCGUGAGGCGUCUUAGCAGUGGAAAAGCAGAUGGGCAUGUCAAAAAACUGGCCCACAAGCACAAGAAGAGUAGAGAGGUUCGUAAAAGUGCUGAUGCGGGCUCUCAGAAGGACUCCGACGAUAGUGCAGCGACCCCGCAAGAUGAGACUGUUGAAGAGAGAGGUCGGAACGAGGGGCUGAGCAGUGGCACUCUCUCCAAGUCAUCCUCUUCAGGCAUGCAGAGCUGCGGAGAGGAGGAGGGCGAAGAGGGAGCGGAUGCUGUGCCGCUUCCUCCUCCGAUGGCAAUUCAGCAGCACAGUCUUCUCCAGCCCGACUCGCAGGAUGACAAGACAUCUUCUCGAUUAUUGGUGCGACCAACCAGCUCUGAGACACCCAGUGCUGCAGAACUAGUCAGUGCAAUUGAAGAGCUCGUCAAAAGCAAAAUGGCCCUGGAGGACCGUCCUAGUUCCUUGUUGGUAGAUCAAGGUGACAGCAGCAGUCCAUCCUUCAACCCUUCAGAUAACUCCCUUCUCUCCUCCUCGUCACCCAUAGAUGAGAUGGAAGAAAGGAAAUCCAGCUCCUUAAAAAGACGACACUAUGUCUUACAGGAAUUAGUAGAGACAGAACGAGAUUAUGUACGAGAUCUGGGCUAUGUAGUAGAGGGUUAUAUGGCACUUAUGAAGGAAGACGGCGUACCUGAUGACAUGAAAGGCAAAGACAAGAUUGUAUUUGGAAACAUUCACCAGAUUUAUGACUGGCACAGAGACUUCUUUUUAGGAGAGUUGGAGAAGUGCCUUGAAGAUCCAGAAAAGCUGGGAUCCCUGUUUGUUAAGCAUGAGAGAAGGUUGCACAUGUACAUAGUUUACUGCCAAAACAAACCAAAGUCUGAGCACAUUGUCUCAGAAUACAUUGAUACGUUUUUUGAGGAUCUAAAGCAGCGCCUGGGCCACAGACUUCAGCUGACGGACUUGCUAAUAAAACCUGUGCAGAGAAUUAUGAAGUACCAGCUGUUACUAAAGGACUUCCUCAAAUAUUCGAAAAAAGCUAAUCUUGACACAACAGAACUAGAGAGAGCUGUAGAGGUCAUGUGUAUAGUACCAAAACGGUGUAAUGACAUGAUGAAUGUUGGCCGCCUGCAAGGAUUUGAUGGUAAAAUUGUAGCCCAGGGUAAGCUCCUGCUCCAGGACACAUUCUUGGUUACAGACCAGGACACGGGACUUCUGCCACGCUGCAAGGAGAGACGGGUCUUCCUGUUUGAGCAGAUUGUCAUUUUCAGUGAGCUGCUAGAUAAAAAGAAAGGUUUCUCCAUGCCCGGAUUCUUGUUUAAAAACAGUAUCAAGGUGAGUUGCCUUUCCCUGGAGGAAAAUGUGGACAGCGAUCCAUGUAAAUUUGCACUAACAUCAAGAACGGGCGAUGUCACGGAGACCUUUAUUUUGCAUUCUGCCAGUCCAGGAGUCCGCCAGUUAUGGAUCCAUGAAAUUAACCAAAUUUUGGAAAACCAGCGCAACUUUUUAAAUGCCUUGACGUCCCCAAUCGAGUACCAGAGGAACCACAGUGGUGGUGGAGGCGGCAGCCCUGUCAGACACCAUUCCCCAGUCCUGGUCUCCUCUGCAGCCUCGGCCCAAGCAGAGGCAGACAAGAUGUCAGGUAUGUCCAUUCACAAUCUCUCCCUGCCACACUACAACACCUCCUUAGAAACUGGCCUGAGCCAGCCAGACAGGCACCCUCCCAAUGCAGAACCGGACGGUCCUCAGAGAGAAGCUGAGCAGAUUCCCAAGAUGAAAGUUAUUGAAAGUCCCAGGAAGACAGCGGGAAACGUUUCUGGCUCAGCUGACGGAGCCCAGAAAGACUCACGUGGAAGCUCAGAGGACAGUCGAUCAAGAAACAGCAUAGGAUCACUGACGCUUGGGAAGCCAAGGCCAGGAGCCAUCUCACCACUGAACUCUCCUCUCUCCACGACUUUCCCUUCUCCUUUUGGCAAAGAAACCUUUCCACCCAGCAGCCCCCUGCAGAAGGGCUCCUUUUGGAGCUCCAUCCCAGCAUCCCCUGCCAGCCGCCCUGGCUCCUUCACUUUCCCUGGGGACAAUGACUCCCUCCAGCGGCCACUCUUCACACAGCAAGGACACAGACCGCAUGAGCACAUGCUCCUCGACCAGCGAGCAAGUGAAAGUAGCAGCAGUAGCAAUAUCUCCACCAUGCUGGUGACACACGAUUACACGGCAGUGAAGGAGGAUGAGAUAAAUGUCUACCAAGGAGAGGUCGUGCAGAUUCUAGCCAGCAACCAACAGAACAUGUUUUUGGUGUUCAGAGCCGCCACUGAUCAGUGCCCCGCAGCCGAGGGCUGGAUUCCCGGCUAUGUCUUGGGGCAUACCAGUGCAGUCAUCAUUGACAACCCUGAUGGAACCAUCAAGAAGUCUACGUCUUGGCACACAGCACUCCGUUUAAGGAAGAAAUCUGAGAAAAAAGAUAAAGACGGCAAAAGGGAAGGCAAGCUAGAAAACGGUUACCGGAAAUCCCGAGAAGGACUUGCCAACAAGGUUUCUGUAAAGCUUCUCAACCCCAAUUACAUUUAUGAUGUUCCCCCAGAGUUUAUAAUACCAUUGAGUGAGGUAACAUGUGAGACAGGAGAGACCAUCGUGCUUAGGUGUAAAGUCUGUGGUCGCCCCAAGGCUUCCAUUACUUGGAAGGGUCCUGAUCAUAACACACUGAGCAAUGACGGUCAUCACAGCAUUUCAUACAG